CAUGAGUUUGCUAAAACCGUCAUUGGCGUCUUAACGGGUCCAAUGCACCUAGCACUGGACCAAAUCUUUGCCCUAAUUUGUACUUAAACUAAAAAAACAAAAAAUAAUUGCUUAUCCUCCUUUGACGCCAAUACUACAGUGGACAGAGCUAGGGUUUGUGGAGGGAGAAGAAUCGAAAUGGCGUCGUUUGUGUCACUGAGAUCGGAGAUCUUCGACCGAGAAGAGCGAAAACAGCAGUACCAAGCUCAUAUCCGAGGUCUCAAUGCCUAUGAUCGCCACAAGAAAUUCCUCAAAGAUUAUGCUAGCUUUUAUGGAAAAGAAGACUCUAGAAAUGUGAAGUUACCUGUUAAAACUGAUCGAGACACCCUAAGGGAGGGAUAUCGGUUCAUACGUACUGAGGAAGAUGAUAUGGAUCCAUCAUGGGAGCAAAGGCUGGUGAAGCGUUAUUAUGAUAAGCUUUUUAAAGAAUAUUGCAUAGCGGACAUGUCACAAUACAAAACUGGCAAGAUUGGUCUGAGAUGGAGGGCAGAGAAGGAAGUCAUAUCUGGGAAAGGGCAGUUCAUAUGUGGUAACAAACACUGUGAUGAAAAAGAUGACUUGGCUAGCUAUGAGGCAAGUGUUUUAGUAACAUCAUUGAUCUCUUUAGCAUUUUAUGGUUAUUCUGAAGCUGGAGAAAACAAACAAGCACUUGUGAAAUUGGUAACUUGUGAGAGAUGUGCGGAUAAGCUUCAUUACAAAAGGCGGAAAGAGAAGGAGCAAUCAGAAAAAAGAGAACAAGAAGAAAACAAAAGAAAGAGUCUGUUUCCAGGAAUCGGUCAAGGAGUAUUGAUGAAACAGAUAAUGACUGUGAAGGGAGCAUGGAGAGAAGAAAAGGAAAAAAGGCUUCAAUUUCAACUGAUGAUCAUAAAGUUGAUGACGAUGAUAACUUUGAUGAGUUUCUUGAGGGGAUGUUUCUAUGACCGACUGCUGCCAUAUUUAGACGGCUUGUUAUUUGCCAACGUUGACAACAUGAUAGCAAAAUGCCGAAGUUCCAAAAUAAAAUGAACCUUGGUGUUUCAUAGUUCCAAACAUUUCUUUACCCUUUAAAUUCCAUUAAACCGUUAUCUGUGUAUCCAUUAGGAACAGAAAUCAACAUGUAACCUAGGGAAGCAAAUAGAAUGUAUAAUAUAUUUUCAUUUCAGUUGUGGGGAAGAGGAUGACAAAGAACUAUCAUUGAGCUGCAUGUAGUUACCAUCAUCGGCUUGCAAAGGAAGUGAAGAAUGAGUUUUGCAGGCUGCCUAUGGCAAGAGAUGAUAACAAGUGAAUUGUAAUUACAUUGGGUUUGCUUGGGUUGAAGAAAGAAACAUCAAUUAUGAGAGGCGUGUAAAAUUAACAUAAGAAAGAAACCUCAAUUAUGAGGCGUGUAAAAUCAACAUGUGGUACAAGUCAAAAGCAAUUUGUGAGAUUAGGUGGUUUGAAUAACAGCCUAAUGUUACUCAGGUUUUUAUGAUGUUGUACAGCCCAUCUAUGUACACGAAAUGAUAUGAUGCCAUCAGUUACGAGUAUGAAGCACUCCAUUGUUAAAUUAA